AUGGAAGAUGAAUCAACAAUUGGUUCUCAUCAAGGACAAAUACAAGAUAAUAUGACAUAUUCAACAAAAACCAAUACUGUGGCGUCAAGUGAUAAAUGUUUAAUAAGAUAUCCAGGAGAUAUUACAACUGAAAAAGUAGCAAACAUGUCGUCAAGUAGUUUAAGGAAGUACGUUACUAUAUUAAGAAAGAAAUAUAAUGCUCAACAGAUUGCAAUGAAUCGUUUAAGAUCUCAAGUAUAUAGUCAGAAGAAAACAAUUGAGAGUUUAAAACAGUUGUUCACUGCUCUAAGAAAAAAUAAUCUUAUUUCCUCUAAUGCUGAGCAAGUAUUACAGAUUUCUGAUGAUAAUAUCAUUAGCAGAUUUCUGAUGAUAAUAUCAUUAGAUGAUAAUAUCAUUAAGCAGAUACAAGGUGGUAAGGUUAAAGGAAAGUAUCCCCUGCAACUGAGAGCGUUUGCAUUAACCUUGCACUUUUACAGUCCUAAGGCAUAUUGCUAUGUUCGACAAACUUUUAUGAAUAAAUUGCCUGCAUCAUCCACUAUUCGAUCAUGGUAUAGCAGUACUGAUGGCUCUCCAGGAUUUUCCAUAGAAUCAUUACAAAUUUUGAAAAUAAAAAGUCAAGCAGCUGAAAAUGAAGGCAAACAAUUAUAUGGAUGUUUAAUGAUGGAUGAAAUGGCUAUUCGCAAACAAGUUCAGUGGGAUCAUUCGGCGAGAAAGUUUAUAGGAUAUAUUGACUAUGGAAGUUGUAUUCAUGAACCAGAAGAAUUACCGUUUGCCAAAGGAGCGUUAGUGUAUUUAAUAAAUGGCGUGAACGCAAGAUGGAAAAUUCCUGUAGCAUACUUCUUAAUAGAUUCUCUUACUACACAAGAACGAGCAGAGAUAACCAGGAAAUUUAUAUUCUUAUGGGUAUAA